AUGGAGAAGUCCAAGAAUUUCCGUAUCGACGCGCUGCUGGCGGUGGAUUCUCCGAAGGCAGCGGCAGCCUCGACGGCUCAGACCUCUCCGCUGGCCUUGGUCACCUCUCUGUCCGGAGGGCCCGGUAACAACAGCAGCAGUUCCAGCUCCAGCUGCAGCCCUCCGUCCUCGGCCGAGGGCCACACGAGCGCAUCAUCCGAGUGCCUGCGGACGGAGAGCCCAUCGCCGCCCCGUAUCCUCGGCGCGCACUGCGGCUUGGUGCCCAAGCCCGGCUUCCUGACGGGUGGCGCGGCCGCAGGUGGUCCCCAUCAGCACCCGCACGCCCACCCACACGCCGCUCUGGGGCUCCAAGGCGGCGCGGGGCUGCACCCCCAGGCGGCCCUUUACGGGCACCCCAUGUACGGGUACCCGGCGGCGGCGGCCGCCCUGGCCUCUCAGCACACUGCCCUCUCCUAUUCCUACUCCCAGGUGCAGCCUUCGCACCCGGCUGCCGACUCCAUCAAGCUCGGCGCCGGCACCUUCCAACUGGACCAGUGGCUGCGGGCCUCCACCGCCGGGAUGAUCUUGCCCAAAAUGCCCGACUUUAACUCCCAAGCGCAGUCCAACCUUUUGGGUAAAUGCCGACGGCCUCGCACCGCGUUCACCAGCCAGCAGCUGCUGGAGUUGGAGCACCAGUUCAAGCUCAACAAGUACCUGUCCCGGCCGAAGCGCUUCGAAGUGGCCACGUCGCUCAUGCUCACCGAGACGCAGGUGAAGAUCUGGUUUCAGAACCGACGCAUGAAGUGGAAACGGAGCAAGAAGGCCAAGGAACAGGCAGUCCAAGAAGCUGAGAAACAGAAGGGUGGAAAUGCUGAGCAAAACAAGGGGGCAGAGGAGGGGCAGCUGUUGCUAGGGGGUGCUGAGAAGAGCAAUGUGGGUCGCAGCCUGCGGGGACUCAGAGAUAGUGAGCCAGAAGAAGAAGAGGAGGAGGAGGAGGAGGAAGAGGAGGAGGUGGAGGAGGAAGAUAGAAAAAUAGGGACC